AUGACACAUGGAUUUCGUCGCUAUCGUCGUCAACUGAAUCAACAAAAGCAGAAUAUUUUCUUUCCUAACCAACGAACAAGUUGGGCCAGUAACCCAAGUGGUUCUAUUAUGGGCAGUUACUAUUAUGGUGUUGGAUCUGAUCCAAAUUAUGGUUCAUUUAUCCAACCUCAAAAUCGUCCAGACGUCGGUAUUUUCCCGAUAAGCUAUGAUCCUGAUUCUAGUUAUAGUGGCUAUCUAAUUAAUUCGAAUCAGCCGUCAUUACCUCAGCAAUCACAGCAACAGUAUUUAGGCAAUAAUAAUAAUCCCUGGCAAAGGCCAAACAUGUAUAGUUAUAAUAAUAAGCCUGAUAAUUCCUAUCCACCCGUCAGUCAAGGAUGGUAUGCCCCUGGUAAUAAUUAUUGGCAAAAUAAUGGGCAGUGUCUUAUUCAACAACGGUAUAUUUUGUUGCUGAGCAUUCUGAUUUUAAGUGUCUGUAGAUUAAUAUAA